AUGAGUUCCGUCAUGGAUCAGAAAGCGAAGAUUGAGUUUGUGGAAGAUCUUGAGACUCAAAAUGACCAGGCGGGAAAUAUCCUCAUCGAUGCAGCAGGUCAAAUUCAGCGGUUGCCCGUUCCCAGUGCUGAUCCCAAUGAUCCGCUCAAUUUCACCGUGUGGGAGAAAUCUGGUGUGAUUGUCAGCUGCUGCUGGUUCUCCAUCAUGUCUCUUUCAGUGGUGGGAGGAUUGGGUGCGAUCUUGGGGGUCUUCUUCGGACUUUAUGGUCCCCAGGGCAUCAGCUCUACUCACAUCGUCUGGCUGGGCACGUUUCCCUCAUUAUUCGUUGGUAUUGGGAAUUAUCUUAUUCUUCCUCUGGGUCUGGUCUAUGGUCGUCGACCAACUGCCUUGGUAUCCAUCACAGUUCUUUUCGUUGCCACCAUUGGCUGUGCUGUAUCUCAAACCUGGUUGCAACAUUUGAGCUUGCGGUGUGUUCAAGGCCUCGCGACUGGUGCAACUGAGUCGCUUCUUCCACUUAUGCUCUCCGAAGUUACUUUUGUCCACCAGCGUGGCCUUGUAUUUGGAGUCUAUUGGGCAACCCAGAAUGUCAUCACUAGCGUCCUCAACCUAGCGUCCUCUUAUGAAGCCGCUGCUCUCGGCUGGCGUUGGUUCUACUGGGUCUAUGUCAUUGCUAUUGGUGUCGGUCUCAUUAUUGUCAUCUUCAGCGGUUUUGAGACUCGGUAUCAUCGACGCGCCCAAAUGAUCAACGGUCAAGUGGUCAUGACAGAUCAUUUUGGUGUUACCCAGGUCUUGACGGGUGAGCAAGCUCAGGCGUACCUGGUUGCGUCCGAGGCCGACGCUCAGGACAUCCCCGAUGAAGCGCGACCAAAGAAGUCGUAUCUCGAAAUGCUUGCACCCUGGCAGAAGCCUGCAAAGCACCCCCUCAAGGUCAUUGUCACUUCCUGGCUCCACAUGUUCGAGGCAUUCGGUUCCCCAGGUAUCCUGUACGCGACCUUGCUUUCGUCUGUGGUGCUGGGCUGCAGUGUAGGCAUGUCUUUGACCUAUGACACUGUCCUGCAGGAAGUGUACGGCUGGCCUGCCAAGAAUGUUGGUUUGAUCAAUUUGGGCGGCAUCUUUGGUGGUUUUGGGGCCAUGCUGUAUGCAGGUGUGUUUGGUGACUGGCUAAUCGUGCGCCUAGCCAAGCGAGCCAACGGUGUCCACACGCCUGAGCAUCGCCUGCUACUUCUCAUCUUCCCCGGGAUUCUGACAGUCGUCUCGCUGCUUCUAUAUGGAUUCACUGCCAAUGGCGGUGCGACCUGGGGUGGGCCGUAUAUGGGAUGGACGCUGUUGCAGAUUGCAUUUGUGUCUGUGUUGAUUUUAUCCACAUCCUUUGCUGCUGAAGCUUGGGAGAAAAACCCUGGUCCUGCUCUUGUGGCUGUUGUGGGCACCAAGAACAUUGUCGCGUUCGGAAUCAGUUACGGCUUGAACCCACUGGUCUCCAAAUACAGCUACCCGGUUGCAAUGGGCAUCUUUGCUGGUCUAUCCGCAGGCGUCUUCCUUUUGGGCAUUCCUGUCUAUUUUUUCAAUCCCACGUGGCGUCGCUGGAUGCAGAGACGCGAAGCGAAAAACUAG